AUGGAAACUCAUUUCCAGCUAAUGGGAAUUAUCCAGCAAAUGCAGGCCGAGAUCACCAAAUUGGAGAAAGAGAAUCAAGCUCUCCGGAAGAAGGUGACCACAGCUAGUCAGGGAGCCCAAGGUACAGAGGAAGAAUCAGGAGAUGAAAAAGAAGAGGAGGGUGCAAAGCUUGGGGCCCUAGGAGACGCAUCUGAACAGGCUCCCGCAUCCCAUCCUUACAGCGUUUCUACUGGUUCAGCACCAGCUAUACAAGGACACCAAGAUGAUGUCAUGAUCAUUAGGCGCUAUUCAGCUUCCCUACCAUUUCACUCAUCUGCUGCAAAAGAUCCCUGGAAAGUUGGAAAAAGAUCUGUAAAUGAUGAUGUUCUUGAAUCCUGGGAAGCAGUUAGAUCACCAGCCUGUUCUUCAAUUAACAAUCAAGACAAUGAAAAAAAGGUGUUCGCUGCAGAGACCAUGACCAGCAAUUCUUCUAGUAAAACAGUCUCUCCUGAGCACGGUCUUGGUUGCAGGGGCAAGAUAAAAGCUGUGAGUUUCCUGUUACCUGCGAACAUGUCCUCACAUUCCGAAAAUUCCAGUUCUUUGAAAUAUUCACCAAAUCAGACCACAAAUGAGCUUAAUACCAUUGCAAAAUAG